ACACAUGCGCAAAAAAGCAGUUAUUGCCAGUGGAAGAAUGGCGUCGUCAAUGGGCGGAAUGUUCCCUGGUCAGCAGCCACCUGGAACUCAUCCACCUACAGGUCCCGGUGGUCCAGGUCAGCCAGGGCUUCUCGCAGGCCCACCCGGUAAUAGAUGCGCAAACAGCACUUUGGUUGAUGAGCUGGAAGCUUCUUUCGAGGCGUGUUUUGCAUCUCUCGUGAGUCAAGACUAUGUCAAUGGAACAGACCAGGAGGAAAUUCGGACUGGGGUUGAUCAGUGUAUACAGAAGUUUUUAGAUGUGGCCAGACAGACUGAAUGCUUCUUCCUUCAGAAAAGACUGCAGUUGUCUGUACAGAAACCAGAACAGGUGGAAAAAGAGGAUGCAUCAGAACUGAAGAAUGAACUCCAGAGGAAAGAGAUGCUCAUUCAGAAACAUCUUGCCAAGAUCCACCAUUGGCAGCAGGUGCUGGAGGACAUCAACGUCCAGCACAAGAAGCCCACAGAACUGCCUCAAGGUCCACUGGCUUUUCUGGAGCAGGCCUCAGCCAACCUCCCUGCACCCAUGAAACCGAACUGAUACCUAUGCAGAGAUCUAGAACCCUUUUCUGACUGUAUUCUAGGUCAUACACACUACGGGCCACUGCCUAAGCUCUCUCAGUGACUUGUACGAUAAGCCCUUGUUGUAGACCCUGUCAGUGAUGUUAUCAUUUUAUGUAUGUAUGUAUGUAUGUAUGUAUGUAUGUAUGUACAUGAAGUUAUUUUAAGAGCUAGAAAAGGACCUUUUUCCACUUAUCUCUGAUCAGGGGCUUUAGAAGUCAUUAGGUGCCCAUAAUGAGUAUGUCAAGGGUCUUUGACCGCUGGUCACAAUCACAUUUCCAUGAUUUCAAAUGACAGACGUGUGGUUGUCUGGAACAAGAGGUACAAUGAGCGAAAAUGGCUUUAGUUAGAGAGAAAUUGUGUUUUACAUUGUUGAUUAUUGGAUUCAAACCCCUUUUGUACAGUUUACAGUAAACAUGAUUUUGACAAUUGAAAA